UCCUGACCAAACCAUAAGCCGCGAGUUCUAACUCAAACCAAACCAAUGGCAACGUCAAGCUCCACUCCUUUAUAAGUCUCAUUUCAAUUCCCACUCUCUCCCACAAAGAGUAGUAGUGAGAGACUAUAAUCUUGCUUCACUCUCGCUAAUGGGCUCUACCAUUUUUUUGUUGCUUCUUCUUCUCUCCCUAGCAAUCCCUCAAUUCAUUUUUCAGCAACGACUAAAUUUUGUUAAAGGGGACAUGGAUUUGAUCCAAAAAACAUGCAAAAACACCAAAUACUAUGACCUUUGUGUUUCAUCUCUCAAAUCCAAUGCCAAAAGUUCAAAAGCAGACACUAAAGAGUUGGCACUAAUCAUGAUUGGUAUUGGAGUGGCUAAUGCCACAGCUACAUCUUAUUAUUUGUCUUCUCAUUUGCUUAACGCUACUGCAAACCACACAAUCUUGAAGAAGGUCCUAAAAGAUUGUGCAGAUAAGUAUAGCUAUGCAGGUGAUGCUCUUAAAGCUUCUGUUAUAGAUAUGGGUAUGGAAUCUUAUGACUAUGCUUAUAUGCAUAUUAUGGCUGCCGCCGAUUAUCCAAACGCCUGUCGUAUUGCAUUUAGAAGGUGCCCCGGAUUGACUUAUCCGCCGGAGAUUGCAAAUAGAGAGCAGCGUUUGAAGCAUAUAUGUGAUGUCGUUUUGGGAAUUAUUGAUGUUCUUGGUUGGUAAAUUGUAAUUGUCUGUAUCCACCCUUUAAUGCAGAACGCACUUAAUUAUUGUUAAUAAUUGGUUGGUAAUUAUUAUAUAUUCUUUUAGCUUC